AUGCUCAUCUCGCCCCAUGCUACCUCUAAAGCCUCGAGUCUGCGAGGGGAGAAUACAGUAGAGGAAGGAGGUAUUGAAUACCAAUUCUGUAUCUUGAAUACGAGCAUCCGUGUGGCUCUGCAGGCCAUUCGGCCCUAUCCUGGCGGGAUAUUACGAAUACGUCGAGAUACAGACCAAGCCUCUGGUUUCAAAACAUCCUGCGCAUUUCAAGAUGAUUGCAUGGAUCACUGCGCUACGGUCUCGCCGAACUCCCCCGACGAACAUACAAACUCACAAACAUGCCCCCCUCCACACUAUAGCCCGCGUCUACCAUAUAACAACUCCCUCAUCAGCAAGCAAGCAGAAAUGAAAGACGGUUUCAGUCAUACGGUGUCACUCGAUCACGUGCAGGACCAAAUGUGCAAGUAG